UUGAAUUUCCUAAUAAUCCUCAUACAGAUGAAUUUUUCCUUUUACAAAAGAAUUUAUCACAGAGUGCCUAGCAGCUUCCUCUAAAGUGUCUAAUAAGAGAGUAGAAGAACUGUUUUUAAGAAUCUAUUAGAGAAGGGCAGGAGGGUUGGAGUGUGGCUUGUUGGAUUUCUUCUGCCCAACACUUAAGAGGUCAAACUUGCUUUGAGAACCACAAAGUGCUGACUAAUUGCCUCAGAACAUAAUUGAAACAAAAAGUAGGAAGAUAGCAGCAAACCUUUCAGGACAAGGUUUUCAAAGUAAAAAUAGAGUUGCCAUCUUGGCAGAACUGGACAAAGAGAAAAGAAAAUUAGUUAUGCAGAAUCCGUCUUCAACAAAUCAUCCUGGAGCUAGCAUUGCCCUGUCCAGACCAGCUCUUAAUAAGGAUUUCUGGGAUCGCGUCGAGCAGCAGCAUAUUGCAGCCCAGCAGAAGGCAGCUUUGCAGCAUGCUCACACACAUUCAUCAGGAAAUUUCAUAACUCAAGACUCUGCAUUUGGGAAUCUUAUUCUUCCCAUUUUACCUCACCUUGACCCAGAAGAAAGGAAAUAUUUAAAAUGAAAGUGACUUCAUAAUAUGAAAUGCCAAAGCUGCUAUCAUCCAGUGCUUAUAUAAACUGUGACUUUCGGAAUUUUGGUGAACCUUUAUAUUUUUUGGCUCUUUUAAAAGAAAGGUACAUGCAAAUGAAAGCAUCAAG